AUGACAACAAUUUUUCUGAUACUGACAACAUGCUUUACAAUUUAUGGAAUUACAUUUGUUGUUAUCGGUGCUUGGAUUCAGAACAAGUAUCAGCCUAAUCAACUUCUACAAGACGGAAGAGUUAUUAGUGGAUGGUUUGCCUCAUUUAUUAUAACAGUGACAGGAUUCAAUCAAAACGGUUUAGCCCCAUGGUCUGAUAGUCUAGCACGAUUUGCUGAAGAUGUAUCAUUUCCAACGGUUCAAACACGUAUUUACCUUUUGAUCACAUCACUCUUAUAUAUCACUGGUGUUAGUAUAUCACUCAUAUUAGAUUUGAAUAACAAUAAUUUUGCUCAAUAUUCGGGAGACAAGCAAUUUCUCAUCUUUCUGUUUCACACUGGUAUGACACGCUUUGCCGGCUUCACUACCAUCGAUAUUAGUUCUUUAGCAGCAGGAACAUUGAUUGUUUAUCUAUUACUCAUGGCAGUUAAACCACAAAUGUUAUGUAGCAUGGACGAAACACCCUUUGAACUUGAAUGGGUUGCGCUGAAAACUCAGGAAGAGGUGAAUAAAAAAAUAAAGCCUUUACGACAUGUCGAUCAAGAAGAAGAAAUACAUGUUGAACGGGAUCGACGUUCAUCACUAGAUUUGGCAUUUCCUAUCCGUCAGAUGAAUCGAUUUUUGCGUAGACAAUCAUUACAAGUUAAACUGAUGGCAAAAGAUCAUUAUUCCACUGAAGCCAAAAAUCGAUCGAAUACAAGAGAGAACGAUAAGAUUAGUAUGACGAAGAAACAUGACGUGAGAAGAGAGCCGCCUGUUGAUAUAGCGUGGAUUCGUCUCCGCUUAUUCUUUGUAUUUUUUAGCCGUAAAAUAAUCACUUAUACAUUUGAUUUCCUAAUUGGUACACGUACGUGGUUGUUUUUGUUCAUCUUUUUGAUAUGUUGUUUUGAAUCCUAUCACAUGAGUCCGGUGGAUGAAAAUAUCACCGUAUUCAAAAUUAUAUUUGAAAUCAUCAGUGCAUUUGGGACGUGUGGACUCACGUUAGGCUAUCCAAAUGUCAGUUCGAGUUUUGUUUCGAUUUUAACGACGCCAAGCAAAAUUAUUUUGAUUAUAACAAUGCUAAUGGGACAACAUAGAGGAUUACUUGACUCGAUGAAAGAUCAAGAAAAAAUUGAUUGUACUGCAGCGAAGCUCCUGGAUAUUUGGAAACAAGCAGUUUUGGAGGAAAUAAACGAUGCUGGCGAACCGAAUUUAGAAGUUGUUACACCACAGAAUCAUCGAUUUUAG